UCGCGCGGUUGGCGAUUCCGGAAGAAACAAGAGCACGACGUGAACAUGGGGAAGCAAAAGAAAGCAAGGAAGUAUGCGACUAUGAAGCGAAUGCUUAGUCUCCGAGAUCAGAGGCUUAAAGAAAAGGAUAGAUUAAAACCUAAAAAAAAAGAAAAGAAAGAUCCCAGUGCACUCAAGGAAAGAGAAGUCCCCCAACAUCCUUCCUGCUUAUUCUUUCAAUAUAACACACAACUGGGCCCACCUUACCACAUCCUGGUUGAUACCAACUUUAUCAACUUUUCCAUUAAAGCCAAACUUGACUUAGUGCAGUCAAUGAUGGACUGUCUUUAUGCCAAGUGUAUCCCUUGUAUAACUGACUGUGUAAUGGCUGAAAUUGAGAAACUGGGGCAGAAGUAUAGAGUGGCUCUAAGGAUUGCCAAGGAUCCAAGAUUUGAACGAUUACCAUGCACACACAAAGGAACCUAUGCAGAUGACUGCUUAGUGCAGAGAGUAACUCAGCACAAGUGUUACAUCGUGGCCACAGUUGACCGAGACCUUAAACGAAGGAUCCGGAAGAUUCCUGGAGUUCCCAUCAUGUACAUUUCUAACCAUAGGUACAACAUUGAGCGGAUGCCAGAUGAUUACGGAGCCCCUCGGUUCUAAUUCUUAAAAGAUAGAGUUCCUCUGCCUUCCUUUACCAACUUUUUCUAUUGCCGGUUCAUAUUAGCAACAUGCUAUAGCAUGAAUUAUUCUUCUUACCCUUUUCCUGUUAUGAGCUGAGUAUGGUUAAAUACACUCACUUUUUGGUAUUGUUUUGAAAUU